AAUAUUAUAUUAUAAUUAAUUGUUUUUUCUUUUAUUCUUUUUCCAUUUUGGUUGAUAUAGUACCCAACAUUUCUCUAUUAAAAUUUCAUGCACUUAUGUUCAGUAAUUGUGACAAUAUUUUAAGAAAACUUCAAAAUUGAUCCGGAAUUAGGCAACUGCCCAAACGCUUGUAGAUGGCGUUAAUAUUCAAUGGCGAGGGAGAAAACAAGAUCUGAAAGUACAGUUGGAGCAUAUUUAAAGCAGACCUUACCCUCAACAUGGAAGACCGACCCACAUAGAAGGCUGACAUGCAGGCCCAUACUAAACUUGAGGAAAACUGUUUAUCACAGAUGAGAGCACUGGAUAAUAAAAAAGCACAACUAGAAACAGCCGCAAAACUGGCAGAAGAAGCGAACGAAUUUUUCAAAAAAAUAGAAGAGAAGAGGAAAGAUUAUCAAACUUUUAUAGAGAGUUCAAAAGACUUGAUAGAACGUGUUGUAUCAAGGAGGGCCAGGGAAGGCCUACAGAGAAUUACAACGCAACCAGAGGCCAGACAAGAAAAGUUGGAAAAGAAGAGAGCUCAGGUCAAAGUUUUGAGACGAAAGGUCAGGCGAGCCAACAGUCGCAUAAAAUCCUUUGCACAGACCGUAAGUGCGCUGAGUAGUGCGGAUGAUUAUAGGGAAAUCAUGCAAAGACAGAUGUUACUAGCAGAAUCAUCAGAACCACCAUCUGAGGAUGAUUCCAUGACAGGGUCAACAGAGGAUUCUGAAGACUCCAUGUCAGAGUGACCUUGGAUGCAGGGCGGCGUCAAACCCACCUAUGAAACUUUAGUAAUGGUUGACAUAUCUUAACCAAACUUGGUCUAUAAAAAGAGUUUAUGGCUACAUUUCAUGGGAUUUUUGGGGUCCCUAGGGUCAAAGUCAAAGUCACUGUUACUAAAAAUAGAAAAACAGUUGAAACUGAAUAAAUUUAGUAAGGGUUAACAUAUCUUGACGAAACUUGGUCUAUAGGAAGAGUUUAUGGAUACCUUUCGUGGGAUUGCAUUUGGGGUCCCUAGGGUCAAGGUCACUUUUACUAAAAAUAGAAAAACGGUUGAAACUGAAUAGCUUUAGUUAGGGUUGACAUAUCUUGACCAAACUUGGUCUAUAGGAAGAGUUUAUGGAUACUUUCAUGGGAUUAUAUUUGGGGUCCCUAGGGUCUAGGUCAAGGUCACUGUUACUAAAAAUAGAAAAAUAGUUAAAACUGAAAAACUUUAGUCAAGGUCCAAACCAGGCGUAAAGGAAUAGUUUAUGGGUACCUUUCAUGGGAUUGUGUUUGGGGUCCCUAGGGUCAAAGUCAAAGUCACUGUUACUAAAAAUAGAAAAACAGUUGAAACUGAAUAAAUUUAGUAAGGGUUAACAUAUCUUGACGAAACUUGGUCUAUAGGAAGAGUUUAUGGAGACCUUUCGUGGGAUUGCAUUUGGGGUCCCUAGGGUCAAGGUCACUUUUACUAAAAUAGAAAAACGGUUGAAACUGAAUAGCUUUAGUUAGGGUUGACAUAUCUUGACCAAACUUGGUCUAUAGGAAGAGUUUAUGGAUACUUUCAUGGGAUUAUAUUUGGGGUCCCUAGGGUCUAGGUCAAGGUCACUGUUACUAAAAAUAGAAAAAUAGUUAAAACUGAAAAACUUUAGUCAAGGUCCAAACCAGGCGUAAAGGAAGAGUUUAUGGGUACCUUUCAUGGGAUUGUGUUUGGGGUCCCUAGAUUCAAGGUCAAGGUCACUGUUACUUAAAAUAGUAAAAUGGUUAAAACUGAAUAACUUAAGUUAGGGUUGGCAUAUCCUGACCCAACUUGGUAUAAAGGAAGAGUUUAUGGAUACCUUUCAAUCCAUUGCAUUUGGGGUCCUUAGAGUCAAGGUCACUGUUACUAGAAAUAGGAAAACAGACACAAGUUCUUCGUUCAAUCAUUAAAAACCUGGUUUUGUCGCAUUGCGGCAUUACAUAUGACAGACAUAUUUUGUUGUUAAUUGUUAUUUCUGAACAAAUCUCAAUGCCUUUGAUUAACCUGCAUUCUUGGCAUAUUUAUGUGUUAACUUUACUAUAUAUGUUUAAAAAAAGUGUAACUAUUAUGUUUCAUAACCAGUUUUAUGUACGAAAAAAAUAUUUGAAAUGGUCGAACAGCAAUGACGUUUUUGUUUCCAAAUGAUAUGUGAAUACAUAUAUAUGUUUGUAUAAUACUUCAAUACACUAAAGACAAUACACAAUUGAAACCAG